AGGAAAAAAAAGUGUCUGUGUCACUUGUUUUGUUUGCAAAGCCCAAAAAUUAUAAAAUGCAAAUAAUUUGAUUUUCAAAGUUCCAUCAAGUUUAUCUAAUAUCAAAUAUAAAAACCUGUGAUCCAUAUUGUAUACUUUUGCAGAGGUCAAAUUAUCUUUUACGGAAUGAGUUCUGAAAAUGGGAUUAUACGCGAUAUAGCACCGGCCUUCAGACCCUACGUUCAAAGUGUUUAUCAAGACCUCACUUUAGGUCUAUGCAAAAGUAAAGUAACUGUUGAGAGGUUAUGUGGAUCAUCAUUUGGACAAGAACACCAAUUCAGACUGGUCCUACCAUACUGCUCCAAGAAACUGAAAUGGGAAGUUAUAUUUGAUCUCUCAGCUCCGUGGUUUGCACCAGACUUUAGGUUUGAUGAUGACAGCUUCUUGAAUAAUGUUGAUGAAGACUUUUUGGAGAAACAAAUCCCAAGUCUUGCCUCGUGGGAUGAAAAGAAUCCAAAAUGUUUAAGCAAAGUAUUGUCUGAACUGCUGAGCAUCUACAAGAUUCAUCAGGUAAAAAAACUCAAUGAGGAUGAGAGCUCACGGGCAUACUUUGAAUACAGUGCUUUACUGGGGGAUUCCCUCACCUCGGAGAAUGAUGUGGAGGUGUGGGUGGGGGCUCAUGCUGUGGAGUUUCUGAUCAAACUCAACAUUGAUAUCUCGAGGCUGCCAGAAUUGUACAAUGAGGGGACUGAACAAAACCCUGGCAUUGACUCAGCACUUCUACUGGUGCGGUACCCAAACUCAACAAAUGCUGAAUUAAUACUAUCACCUCUGCUAACCAAGGCAAUCGGAAAUAUCAAUUUGCCACCGAUGCAUCAAACAGGUGUACUGAUGGACUAUGUCCCAAUGGUCACUGAAUUGCUCAACAACAGGAUACAAGGAGUUCUAAGUAACGAAAAGCUAAAGAGAGAUUUACUUGCACAAAUGAUAGUGAGAUAUGAAGGUGCCAUAUUAGAGCAUGAUGCCAAUAGUGCUGCAUUCCUGUUUGAAAUCAACGACUUUCAUUGGAUACUGCAAAUUGACAUAGAUGUUAGUUUUCCAGAUAAGCCACCAGUACUAACUCUCCGAUCGGUCUAUCACUGCAGCAAAGGAAAGCCUAAAUUUAAAGUACUAUCUGCAUGUCCUUACACAAACUUUGAAUUCUACAUUGAACAACAAGUGGAGCAAUUUAAAAACGAAUGUAAAGGCGUACUUAAUAAAGAUUCUAACGAUAAAAAUAAUGAGAAUUUAUAAAGACUUAAGAAAUAAAAACACAUAUUAAACAUCA